CAAGCAUUCAUCUGUGUGUGCUGUGUUCAGCUAGCAGUGCGAGCCGAGAUGUUCGCGAGCAGGCCGGUGGUGCGCCCGCUGGAGGUGGCGGCGCCCGCGGAUCUGGCACAGCAGCCGCCGGGCGUGCUUAUGAAGGACCGGCCCAGGAUAGCACGGACCCCCAGCGGCCUCGGCCUCCACGUCCUGCAGCUUCUCCUCGCUGCCAUCUCGGAAUCAUGUCCUCCACCGUCGACUUCGCCAGCAUCUCAGCCUUCAGGAUGCAGGCCAUGUUCAGAGAAAAAAGAUGCAGGUCAUGUACAGAAAAAAUGUGCAAAUGUGUGUUGUGCUAGGGACUGCUCUAGAAAACUGCAGAUGUAAAUGUGUUUUUUUUUCUGAAUACAUUACCUUU